AAUGCUUCAAAGAAAAGACUUCAUUUAAUAGCUGCAGGAUUCAGAACUUCUGUGUCGUCAUGCUUCUGAUUUUUCAGCAAGGAAGAUAUUCUAAAUGCUUAAUUAAACUAUGACCAGAGGACAGCAUCUGGAAAAUAAAAAAUGAACCCACUUGAAGCAACAAAAUCAGGAUUUUUAGUGUGCAUUGCUAUAUGCAUGUUCAUUUACACUUUUAUUUACCUAAAGAACACACUUUCUGAAGAGCCAAAUGAACAAAAGUUUACUACAGAUACAGCAGAGUGUGGUUUUUACCCAGAUGAACUUUGUUCAGCUCUUUUUGUGGGGAAAAGUGUUGCCUCUCAAAUCGGAAGCUUUUGUCAGAACACCUACCAACCGGAAACACUUAGCUGCAUUCACGCUUCUUGCAAUUGCUCCGUGGUUUUGAAGAGUCUGCAUUUUAUAACAAGACCACUAUCUGAAGAAGAAGGAAAUUUCUCAUUGGCAUAUAUUAUCACAAUUCACAAGGAGUUGCAAAUGUUUGUAAAGCUACUAAGAGCUAUUUAUAUGCCUCAGAAUAUUUAUUGCAUACACGUUGAUGAAAAGUCCCCGAAAGAUUAUAAAGCUGCUGUACAAAACAUUGUUAACUGCUUUGAAAAUAUUUUUAUUUCCUCAAAAAGAGAAAACGUUGUUUAUGCAGGAUUUUCAAGAUUACAAGCUGAUAUUAAUUGCAUGAGAGAUCUGAUUCAUUCCAAAAUUCAGUGGAAUUAUGUUAUUAAUUUAUGUGGUCAAGAUUAUCCCAUCAAAACAAACAAAGACAUUAUACAAUACAUCAAAAGCAAAUGGAAUGGUAAAAAUAUGACUCCUGGGGUUGUCCAACCACUUCAUAUGAAACACAGGACACGGGUUAGUUAUAGAGAAUACGUACAUUCUGGAAUAUCAUACGUGUAUCCAACAAAAAAUAUAAAAGCUAAACCUCCAUACAAUUUGACAAUAUAUUUUGGUAGUGCCUAUUACAUACUUACUAAAGAAUUUGUGGAGUUUACAUUGACUGAUGCACGUGCAAAAGAAUUGCUUGAAUGGUCAAGAGACACAUACAGUCCGGAUGAACACUACUGGGUCACACUGAAUCGUUUAAACGAUGCUCCAGGUGCUACACCACAUGCAGACUGGGAAGGAAACAUACGAGCCAUUAAAUGGAAAGAUCAAGAAGGAACCACACACAAAGGCUGCAAAGGCCAUUACAUCAGAGACAUUUGCAUCUAUGGACUAGGAGAUUUACAGUGGAUCAUUGAAUCACCUCAUUUAUUUGCCAACAAAUUUGAACCUGCAACAUAUCCACUUGUUAUGGACUGCCUAGAGAGACGAUACAGGCUUAAAGUACUGCAGCAAGCAGAAGUCCCAAUUGAAGAUCACUGGCGUUUUCAAGAAAAUAACUACUUUAACAUGAAAUUGAAUGUUUGAGCUUAAGUAACAUUUAAGCAGUGCUUAAAAUAUUGAAAGAAACCAUCAAAAUUUUUAGUAAUAGUCUUCACUGUGCAUCACGUCAUAAAGAUAUGCACAAUACUGUACUACUGUUGAUCAGUAAAAUAAGCUGAUAAGUUUACUUACAGUAAAAUAAAGAGCAACAACUGCUAAUAGGUUAAUUCUAAAAAGAAAAAUGACACAGUCUAUAUGUCAAUAGUCCAACAGGUCUAUAACCUAAUAAAGACAAGGGGACAGUUCUUA